AUGGUCGUCGCUAUCGUCGUUGUCGGCGGUCUCGCCAUUGCACACAAAGUCCAGCAGAAGCGAACCGCAAAGAAAGAGGCUCGCAAAGCCGCCAUCGAGCAGCAGGGCCAUGCAAUGGCAGCCGAGCUGCCAACUUCCAUGAGCCAGGUCGAUCUCAGCACACCGAGGCGGCCAUCGAUUGAGCGUACGAAUGCUACGAGAGGCUUGCCAGCAUACGAGACGCUAUACGCUGGCACGAAGCCUGUCAUGGUUGAUUUCCGAAUUCGCCGCUUUGGAAGUAUGUUUAGAGGAUCGUGCCGUUCCACUUUGUUGCAAGGAGUCCUUUGGGUAGAGGAACUAUCGAUUUCGGUGGUCGGUUCUGAUAAGCUGGACUGGGCCACAGUCCCUGCCCGUUGGCCUAUCCGUAUCAGCUAA